GCAGCCGCUGCGCUUUGCGGGACCCCAUCUCCAGGUUCCACACGCACCCUUAGAAUAGCCUCGCUGUUCUCCCCCUCGCGCUCUCUUUUUCUUUCUCUCUCUCUCUCUAUCUCUGUCUUUUGCUCGCUCUCUACCUCUCGCACACACCUGGCAUCGAACCCCCGGGGGAGAAAAGAAGAGAACGUAGAACGCGACGCUUCCGGACAAAAAGUUUAUGGCCGGCCGCUUUCAAAGGAGAUUGGUACUGUAUUUCUUUUGAGGCACUAGUCGAUGGAUUUAUCACUCACAAUACAACAACAUUUUAUUUACACCUACUAGCCCCUGCUCAUCGACCCCAGCCUCUCCUCCACCCAGGCCUCUCCCAGUUGCUACUCACCCCAGGCUGUGCUGUCUCUCCCCAGGCUAGAAAUCGUGUGAAGCAUGGGUGACUGGAGCUUUCUGGGGCGGCUGCUGGAGAACGCUCAAGAACACUCCACCGUGAUUGGCAAGGUCUGGUUGACAGUUCUCUUCAUAUUCCGUAUACUCGUCUUGGGGGCGGCUGCGGAGGAGGUGUGGGGUGACGAGCAGUCUGACUUCACCUGCAACACCCAGCAGCCCGGUUGCGAGAACGUGUGUUACGACGAAGCGUUCCCCAUCUCGCACAUCCGCUUCUGGGUGCUGCAGAUCAUCUUCGUGUCCACACCCACCCUCAUCUACCUGGGCCACGUGCUGCACAUCGUCCGCAUGGAGGAGAAGCGCCGCGAGAAGGAGGAAGAGCUGAGGAAGGCCAGCCGGCACCUGGAGGAGAGGGACCCGCUGUACAGGAACGGCGACGGAGGAGGAAGCAGAGGAGGAGGUAGAGGGAAAAAGGAGAAGCCUCCAAUCAGAGAUGAGCACGGUAAAAUCCGCAUACGGGGGGCUCUCCUGCGCACGUACGUCUUCAAUAUUAUCUUCAAGACGUUGUUUGAGGUGGGCUUCAUCCUGGGCCAGUACUUCCUGUAUGGAUUCCAGCUCAGGCCCCUGUAUAAGUGUGGGCGCUGGCCCUGCCCCAACACAGUGGACUGCUUUAUCUCCCGUCCCACCGAGAAGACAAUCUUCAUCAUCUUCAUGCUGGUGGUGGCCUGCGUCUCACUGCUGCUCAACCUGCUGGAGAUAUACCACCUGGGGUGGAAGAAGGUGAAGCAGGGGGUCACCAACGAGUUUGCCCCCGACCGCAUGUCGCUCCCCCUGGCCAGAGACGAGGCGGUCGAGUCCAACAUGAUACAAGACGGGGUUGCCCGCCCGGCCCUGAACUGCCUGCCUACGUAUGGCGGCGUGAAUGUGGUGUACCAGCCGAACGAGCAGGCCAACGCCAUGGCUACCUCAUCCGAGCAGCAGGUGCCGGCGGAGCUCAAGAUGGACCCGUUCCAGGAAGACUUCCUGCUGGAGGCUCCACCCACAUCCUUCUACGGCAGCGAGGGCGGCGGCAGCCACCAGCACCUGGCAGUGGAGCAGAACUGGGCCAACACGGCCGCGGAGCGGCAGACUCUCGACGCGGCCAAGUCCUCCUUCUACCCUCCUGCUCCCUCCUCUCCUUCACCCUCCUCCUCUUCCCCCACCUCCUCCUAUCCUGACCAGGAGCAGUCGUCCCUUCACCCGGACGCCGCCCCUCCAAUACCCGACUCCCGUUCCUCCACCCUCCCCCUGGGGGAGUCGAGAAGGAGCCAGGAGCACCAGCUUCCGGAAGAGGUGGAAGAGGCGACACCGCCGACACCGCUUGACGACGUAAUGGUCACCCGGGUGGAGAUGCACGAGCCGCCCGUUGUCAUGGCGGGGGACACCCGUAGGCUGAGCAGGGCCAGCAAGACCAGCAGCGUUCGCGCCCGGCCUGACGACCUCGCCGUGUAACACACACACACACGCGUUUACACUCUCACACACACACCUACACACAUUCACACCGUCACAUACAUACACAAGCAGACCCUUAUCCAACACCGCGCCCCGCUGCCUCUGGGUUCUAAACAGGCUACGAUUACCAGGCGCUAAAUGUUGUUUGAAGUACAGAGGUGACAUGGGAGAGAUCAGGGCUCUGGAGGCGGGAUGCCCUUGAUAUUAGUCUCUAUAAAAAAAAGUUCCUUUAUCUGGAGAUGCAAUCCAUGAGGUGAGGCCUAACUGGGUGCUUCACGGUUCUGAGUUGCCAACGUGUGUGAAGAAGGCACACAGUCACAGUUUGCAGAGAACAUGCGAUGAAAGGGUUAGAGAUAUUGGACUAACUAGUUUGGGAGGUUAGUGGCAUUUCAGAUGAAUAUAAUUCAGCAUUGUUUUAUUUCUUUUUUGAUGGGAGACAUCCGAAGAGAGGUUUGCACUUUUGUUUCCCCCCACCCCCCACUUUCUUUUUUUUUCUGGUGAUGAACCCUUUACGAUGAAGAAGGUGUGGCCUAUAGUCUCUUCCUAGUGGCUGUCUGUCAGCCUCGUGGCUGUCUGUCUCUCUGCCUCGUGGCUGUCUGUCUGUCCAUUCCAUGCUCACCUUGCCUAUUAAGCUCAAUGAAGAGAGGGAUGCUCUGACGAUGUGGCACAGCGGGGAGAGAGGGGUUUGGGUACCUGGGUAGCACUUUAAUAAAUGACUAGAUAUUUACAUACAAAUGACAUAUUCAUUACACAAUAAUAACCUAUCAAUUACUUGUAAAAAAACACCACUAGGCACCUUUUGGUACCAAGUACUUAGCAGUUUACACGCUAAUAACAUGUUAUGUACCAUGUAAUACCAGGUCAAUACCAGUGUAGACAGCAGCUGGGAGCUGUAGUGUGUAGCCUUACCAGCGUGUAUCUUCUGCCCACGUUACCACUGAGAACCCAACCUGAGGUCUUUAGGCUCCACAUGCUUUGUGUGUGUGUACACGUUUGUGCGCGUGCGUGUGUGUGUACAACGUGUGUGUGCGCGCCGGAUACAGCAUCAAGUCUCGUUUCAAUGUUUCCAAAAACAUUUAUGCAGUUACAUCAGGGUAAAUUAUAUAUAUGUAAAUAUAAUACAUAAGUAUAUAUACGGUAUACAAUAUUAUACAUAUAGAAUUAUGACUUAUAAAAACCAAUACUGACGCUUGUGUUUGCAGUGUGUUAACAAAGUGUGUGUCCUCAUCGUAAAUAAAUUCAGCAGAUUAAAGACUGCCGGGGCCCACUGGUAUUUGGUAUGGGAUUAGUUUCAGCAUAGCGCUCAGCUAGUUAUUGUAGAGUAGGCCAUAGUAUUGCUAGAAGGUAGAUUGAUAAGCAAUAGGAUUUAAAGCAAUUAGAUUUCUUUGUUUGUAACUGGAUCAUAACAGCAAUAUUAACAGGAAUGUGCAUUUCCCUGUUCUUUUUUUAAAACUCCUGCCAGUUAUUUUUUAACCAGAAAAAUGGCUCAUAACAUGCAGUUGUAUUUAUUUUUAGGUAUCCGGUUCUGUUUUCCCAAAUUCAGUUCCUUUAGUUGUCAUCUAACAUUCAGGAAAGAGGAUAGCAAGAACACAAUGUUUUGAUUUUGUGUUUGUUUUAAACAAGGGUCAAUUUUGUUACUGUGAAACUACAACUCACAACAAUUGGCCAAUGGGCUUUUAAACCCAUAACUUUUAACAUUGUUAUGAUGAAAUCACAUGUUAUCCUACCACGACUUAGGGUGUCCUCCCUCAAGCAACAUGAAGCCGGGGCACUUCAAUUUUGGCACUUAAAAUAAAAACAGAUAGUUGGGAUUCUCACAGUAUAUUUGAGCAUUGUACAAAGGCUGUUUCCCCCCUAAACUAUUCUCCGGCUCUUCCUUCCUUUUCUCUUUUUCGCUCUCUCUACACACACAUACAAACAUAUAGGGGUAUAUUUAGGGAUGGAGGGGGUUUAAACUAAUACUGUCAAUGCUCUUGCUGUGCGCUGCUGUAUGUUGUGUGAACAUGCCUUGAGAAUCAGGUCUGCUGUAAGUUGCGUUACAUUUUGCCACACAAAAUAAAAUCCAAGUGCCUCAAAUCCUUUUAAAAACUAUUGGGUACAGGAUUAUAUUAUUUCUAUAGUUCCUUCAGGAGGUGGAUAUAUCAACCAUUCAUUCUACAGGUGACUGGAUCUGUGACGUUGUAAUCCUAAAUGCCAAAAUCCAAUAAUUAGGUCAGCAGUCCACCAAAGAGAGAAAAACUAAAAUGCCAACCAAACAAAUUUUGUCAAGAGUUGUUGAAAGAGUACUGUUAACUUACAAUUUCUGCUGAGAAAAAGUUUUUAUAACCUUGUUGUUUUUCGGUUGUUUAUUAAAGUUUAUACUCUUUAGUAUGUAGAUAAAGAUUUGCACAGUUUAGACAGAAUGCUGUUCUAAGACAAUUAUAGCAGUAGAAGAGAUACAAUAGUGAAGGACAUCUCACAAAAAAGGAUGUCUGGAUAUUUUUUAAAGUAUUUAUAUUUAUGAGAUAAUUAAAAAAGAAAACAAACUCAAAAUUUGAUUUUGAAAAUAGUAUUGAUUGUUUUUUGUCUUAAAUUGAUUGGUGAGGUGUUUGGCUAGGUUAAAGUUCUACACCACUGUUGUGUCCUGCACCCCCACCCACCCUUUGGAAAACUGACAUUUUGUUGGACUUUUGGAAUCUCUGGUGUGGAGCCAGAUGUAAUUGGCCAGUGAGGCAGGGAAGGAGAUUUAGACACGCUCAGAGCAGAUAUACCCAUUGUGAAAUCACUGUCUAUGAAGAGAAGUGCCUUGUGUCUCACCUUUUGUAAGAACAUGUUGAUGUAAAUGUUCAUUUACCUCAAAUGUUUACAAAAAUGUUACUGA